CCAAAUGACAAGAUGGGGAAUUUCCGCAAACUAUAACCUGUGUGUAGACAUGUUAUCGAAAGUGACUUAUUACUUUUUGAGAUUAGAUGAAUACGUUGUCAUUGGUAAAGUUUAGAGUUAUAGGAGACAUUAAUGUGUUGUAGCGGGUUUUACCUCAGUGUAUAUACCUCGGACUGCACUUCCGUGUUGUGUUGUCGGAUAUUUAUAACUGAAGCCAUAUUUCGAGAUACUGCAGCUGUUUACGGCAUUACACACAUUUGCUAAGAGGUCGAGGGGGGUUUCUUAGCUUAGUGUAUAUUUGGCUGUACUGCUUGUAAAGACGUUACUGGCCUGGGUUUGUCCCAGGCAUGAAGAGAAAAGCAAAAGCUAUGGGUACAACUCAAAGCCACGAUUCAGCCUCAAGUUGGAUAACGUCUGCAGCCACACAACCGCCAACCUCGUCUUCAAAUGAAGAUCUGUUCCCUGUUCCUCUUGAGAUCCUGGAGGAGAUCUUCCUGAAUCUUCCUCCUGAUCAGGUGAUUCGUUCAUGUCGGUUGGUAUGCCAACAGUGGAAAGAAGUGGCCGACAGUGAAUCUUUGUGGAGAGAGAGAUGUAGAAGAGAAGGAUAUCGCCUCCGUGAUGCUUCCAGAAUACCCAAAGACUGGAGGUUGUUUUACUUCUUGUGCAAGAAGAGAAGAAAUCUUCUCAAGAAUCCAAGAGGAGAACACAAAAUGAAGGGUUGGCAGAUAUUGGAGAACGGUGGUGAUAAGUGGAAAAUAGAGGGACUCAUGGUGCCACAUCCAGAUGAGACAGUCCAGAAAAACUUUGUGACCUCUUAUGUAAUGUGCAGGAAGGCCCAGCUGAUUGAUUUGGAGAAGGAAGGUUACAACCCAUCAUUUAUGGAUCACUUCCAGCCAGACAUCAAAAUAUCUGAUUGGUAUGCGCCGCGAUGGGACUGUGGCAGUGAGUAUGACAUCUGUGUAGAGUUGCUGAAUCAAAGAAAGAGGCCUAUCCAGACAUUUGCUCCCAAGACUGUCCUCUUUGAGCAGUGGAACGAUCAGAAAUGGAAUCAGAUGACCCACGUUUUCCAGAACUAUGGACCUGGAGUGAGAUACAUUCGCUUUACCCAUGGAGGCAAGGACACACAGUUCUGGGCAGGAUGGUUUGGAAUUCGUGUUACUGACAGCUGCGUUGAGAUCUGUCCAGCAGCGGACACAUAGCUCCUCUAAUACCUGCUGCCUGCUUUUGCCUGAAAUUGCACAUAUUGUCAUAUUUGCCUUCUAUAAUCAUCUCUCAUUGUGCGUUAAUUUUUCUUACAUACAAUGUAUGCAUAUUAAUUAUAUAUUAUUAUUACCUUUCAGUUUAUCUUGCUGAUAACUGUUAAAAAAAAAAAGAGCAUCAUAUUGGUAUCUUUACGGUGAAGGUAGUUGUUUCUAUUCUCUACCAAAGAGCCAUUAUAAUCCCUGAGAACGCAGUACAGUUUAUCAGUUUGGAAAGCCAUGUCACCAUCUCAUUUUCCAUAUUCUACAUUCCUAAUUAAAACAAUUUUUAACACUGAACAAAAUCAUUUAGGGACAAGAAGCCAUGUACGGUAUCAAAGUAGCUUUGAGGAACAGACUCUUUGAAUGGUCUGUCUGGCUCUGAUGUUCAUGUGUACUUCUCAGUUGUUGUAAAUGAAAGGUGUUGUGAUAAUAACUUAAAUGAAAUUAUAUGAUUACAAAAGUGGGUGUUUGACAGAUUAAAUGCUACAUGGCUUUGCAAAAGAAAAAAGUCAAAAAACUGACCUUUCAGAUCUCAAGUGAUUCUGUCUGUAUUGCUACUGUAACACUGCAACACUUUGACCCACCAGCCAUAGUGGAAAUAUUCUUUGCACUGCUCUGUAAUGUGUAAAUUCUGAUGCUGUGGAUUUGUAAUUAAAAAAUACUUUUUUCUGUUGCAGGA